CAGACUCAGAUCCCUCCGGAGCAGUGGCGGUAGCAUUCUGAGGGUUGAGGACAUUGUCGAUCACGUGAACAACACCGUUGGCAACCAGGACGUCGGGAAUCACGACGCGGGCGCCGUUGACAUAGAUUUCGUCAUCCUCGGUGACAGUGAUGGUGACAUUGGUUCCCUCAAGAGUGGGAAGUUGGGUGCCGUUCUCGAGGAGGUUGCUGUAGCCCACUACGCCAGGAACAACGUGGUAGGUGAGGAUCGAGGUCAAUUCCUCAGUGGUCAAAUUGGGAAGAGCAGAGCCAAUCGCAGCGAAGGCAUCGUUGUUGGGAACAAAGACGGUGAUAUCCUCGGCGGUGUCGACGGUGUCUGCCAGGGUCAGGUUGACCAACGCACCGGCUGCAGCGGUGAGGUUGAGUUCGGUGGCAGUCUCUGACACAUUCUCUGGCACCACCAGAACGCUGUCGAUGAUGUGAACCACACCGCCGGUGAAGUUGAGAGGCUCUCCAGUGACAUUAGCCACGCUGAGCAGACCCGACACAAUCUCCAAAUCGCCAUCGUUGUCAUAGACUCCCAAGCGCUGUCCUCCGCUGACGUUGGCAAAUUGACCAGGUGCGAGCAAGGUAGGAACAAACUGGGCCUCGCUGAGGUUGGCAUAUGUUCCAUUGAUGACAUGAUAAGAGAAGAGGGCGGUGAUGAGUUCCUCGUCUCCUCCAGCGAGGGCGGCACCGGCACUCGAGUUGAGAAACUCGGCAAAGGCGUCGUUGUUGGGGGCCAACAGCGUGAUGUUCUCCAAGCUGCCCAGCUGGGUUGUGAAGUCUUGGAACAUUCCGAGGAACUGAGUCAAGUUGCUCAACUCGGUCUGGUUUGACAACAACGUGACCAAGUCGGGGGUCGAAGGGGUGGGCUCAUCUUGAGCGAAAGCUGCGCCAGCCAGGGCUGCCAAUGCCAAUCCUUUGAACAACAUUGUCACAGACGAAUGAGUUGAAUCACUUUUUGUUGGACUUGGUAAGUACAGGAUGAAUGGAAGGCACACCUAUAUAACGAGGUCGGCAAGAAAAGUAUGGACAGAGGAAAAAAGAACUGGAGGAGAAAGAGGGGGUCGACACAAGAGUAUUUGAGGCAAACAAGAGAGGCACAACUCCAUCCAACCCUCACGACACGUCGAGCUUGUGUUGCGCCAUCAAGAAUUUCAUGCUGGGCCGACGUGUUUCCAUGGUCAGCCAACUCCACGUCCCCUUCGAGACAAAGAGUGGGUUCGGACCCAAUUGCAGUGGCCAAAGUCUGCAUCGGUGGGCUAGCACUGGACCAGCUCUGCACCAGGACCUGGACGAUGAUGGUGUGUUACCAUGUCGAGGCUGUGGUGGCAUGGCAUAGAACUUGGCUUGAGGUCGAUCUACCCCGGUGAUCGAACAGUUUAGCCUGUAAGGGAGCAAACCAUAUGGCUUUGGGCAAAGUCAAUGACGCAUUUGUCCACCAGACAAGACCAGCGACGGCUUGUCCACAUCCACUCCACCAAUCGACAUAGCUCCCAAGCUUGUCUGGGCGAUGACUCGGUUCCACGGCAAUAUCGUGAAGCUUUGAUUCGGAUAGUCUUACCCAUCGAAGAAAAAAGGCCAUUUGUGGCGACUCGGAGCCAUUCCCUAUGGUCUGGGCUGGUCGAUUGACUUCUGUAAGCAUAGUCACUUCGGUCUCAUCUGCUCUACUGACCGUUGCAAUCUCAUGGUUUCUUGGCCAUUUCGAAACCGGUUUGGAUCUCAAAGGUCACCUCAAAGAUCAACAUGGGGAACAUCAAAGCUCGAAAAGGGGGACAGGUGGAAAAGCCGAAAACUUGGCAAAGCUCCAGGUGGGAAAGUCAGUAGCACGGCUUGGACCGAUGGAAGGUGGGAAAACAAAUGACGGGCCCGAUGAUUGGGUGUGGCCCCCCAAGAAAGCCGUCGUCAUGGUUGAAGCUGUGCCUCAAUUGCGCCUGUGCAGGGAGAAUUGCAGCACCACAAAUGCCCUCUAUACAGCAAGUAUCACUCCAUCCCUGGGGAGACACGGGGCUUUGGGCUCGGAGGAGAUCCAAUCACCAAUCUUCCUUUUCUUUUUUUCAAAUGAUGUUUUGUGGUGAGAUGAACUACCACCUCAUCUGUUUAUCAUCGUCCAUCUCUGGACAAAUGGUCCCAGCCAACUUUGACGCACCUGUCGAUUCACCCUUGCUUUGCAUAUUGAACAAGCGGAAAAUCUGACCAGAACUAGACUCUGCCAAUUUGGACGAGCUGUGGUGGCUGUCUCCGCUCUGGCACUCUGGCUCCUUCCUGAAUUCGAUGAUGAAGCAAUGGACAUGAUAUCAUCAUUCUGCAAAUCGCCUUGUUUGAAACGCGUGUCGCGUCUUGGCGUGACGCUGCCCAAUCCUUCCAUUUUCCACCUUUUUUCUUCCUCUCGGCUUUUGGUGUCUACGAAGUUACACACGAGGAAUCCCACGGAUCAAGAACUCCGUCUGCAUCAUUUGAUCCACAUAUGUAGACACAUUAGUUCUCGCGUCUAGACUCAGAGCCGACACUCUCUACAAACCGCAUGCUUC